AGUCACGUUUGCGGAAGUGUAUAUGCGUGGAGCUGGGAGUCCGGCGUGCGUUUCUGCUUUUACUGUCCGUGUUUCUGACCGCUGUAUUUUACUUUUGUGAAUCUAAGCAGAAAACAUCGCGAUGUCGCAGGUUGUCCCGGGACAGUUUGAAGACGCGGAGGAAUCGAGCAGUGACUUAGAGUUCAGCUGCAUUCCAGAGAAACAGCCAUCGCUAGAGGACAAACUCAGCGGAGUGACAUUGCGGGCAAAUAAUGAUAACGAGGCAGAUGAUGAUGAUGAUGAUGAUGAUGAUGACGAUGAUGAUGAUGAUGAUGAAUGGGACUGGAAAGGGUCAGCCGGAGGAGACUUCACUAAACGCUACGCUGCGAUGCGGACUGGCAACAACCAGCAGGCAAACCGACAAAACACACAAAAGUCAGAAAAGCUCUCAACGCCUUCAGACAAGGUCCUGAGAAAGUUUGAACACAAAAUAAACCUGGAUAAGCUGAACUACGCCGAUUCUGUCAUCAACAAAGUCACCGCAAUGCAACGACAGAAAGAAGCCGACAUGUAUCGGGUUAAAGACAAGUCCGAUAGAGCGACAGUGGAACAGGUUUUGGACCCCAGGACUCGCAUGAUUCUCUUCAAAAUGCUCAGCAGAGGCGUCAUUUCAGGGAUUAACGGCUGCAUCAGUACAGGAAAAGAGGCCAACGUCUACCACGCGAGCACAGCUAAAGGAGAAAGCCGUGCUAUUAAGAUCUACAAGACUUCCAUUCUGCUGUUUAAGGACAGGGAUAAAUACGUCAGUGGGGAGUUCAGGUUUCGGCAUGGUUACUGUAAAGGCAACCCGAGGAAGAUGGUACGGACGUGGGCUGAGAAGGAGAUGAGGAACCUGAUAAGAUUACAGACAGCAGGAAUUCCCAGUCCUGAACCCAUCAUGCUUCGGAGCCAUGUCUUAGUCAUGGGCUUUAUCGGAAAAGAUGACAUGCCUGCACCUUUACUGAAGAACGCCGCAUUGUCCGAAUCUAAAGCACGUGAGCUUUACCUUCAGGUCAUCCAGAACAUGAGGCUGAUGUAUCAGGAGGCUCGGCUCGUGCACGCAGAUCUCAGCGAGUUUAACAUGCUGUACCAUGACGGGGAUGCGUACAUUAUCGAUGUCUCUCAGUCAGUGGAGCACGAUCAUCCUCAUGCUCUGGAGUUUCUCCGCAAAGAUUGCAGCAAUGUGAACGACUUCUUCCAAAAACACAGUGUAGCCGUGAUGACGGUUCGGGAACUGUUCGAGUUCGUCACAGACCCGUCCAUCACCAGCAGCAACAUCAACCAGUACCUGGAGAGGGCCAUGGAGAUCGCAUCAGCCAGAACAGCAGAGGAAAGAUCCAACCAAGACAAGGUGGACGAAGAGGUGUUUAAGAAUGCCUAUAUUCCUCGAACGCUAAACGAAGUGAGUCAUUACGAACGAGACGUGGACGCCAUGAUGAAGGAGCAGGAGGGCAAACAGAACGAUAACAUCCUGUACCAGACAGUGACGGGCAUGAAAAAGGAUCUUUCAGGCGUACAGACGGUCCCUUCCCUACUUGAAGACUGCGCAGAUGACGGAAGCUCCAGCAGCGAUGAAGAGGAGGACGAUGAAGAUGAGCACGCAUCCGGAGAAGACGACACACAGGAACACAGCGGCCAGGACCAGACGCAACCGCCGGAUAAAAAAGAAAGAAAGAAGAUGGUAAAAGAAGCUCAGAGGGAGAAGCGAAAAAAUAAAGUACCAAAGCAUGUGAAGAAGCGCAAGGAGAAAGUGGCCAAGAUGAAGAAAGGAAAAUAGGAAGAGAAUCAUCGCCCUCGUGCUCAUGACCGAUGGACAGAAAUACUACUCUUUUAAAAAAAAAAAAAAGACAUCUUUGUGUCUUUAUAUUGUAAUUAACUCCAGUAUCACAUCCUGCAUACCUGAUGACUUGGUAAAUUAAAAGUUUGCACCCUCCUUUG